GUAGUGAAGGAAGAGUGAGGCAGCACAAAACAAAUCGAUGGGAAACCAGUGGCUCAGCUCUGACAACACCUGUAUAUCCAACUCCCACUUUAACUUUUUUUCUUCUGCCAAAUGGGUUUUAGGCUACAUCUCAAAUGGGGUUUCUCUCUUCAGCCCCCUUUCUCCUCCAAUUCAUCAUCAUGGCCUUCUUCACACUCUUUCAAAGGACGGGAAACUUUAUAUGAUCCAGCUAGGUCUCUCAAACCUUUUAUCAACGGCGACUGUGAGCCUUCACAUAGUGAUCCGUUCAGAGUGCAGACUUGCUUAUCUGACCCCCAAUUGUGGACUAGUGAUGCAUCAGUAACUAUAGAAACAAAGACGCGAAAUGGCAGAGGGUCUCCUAGCAAUGUAUAUGGAGAUAUUGGCAGUUAUAAGAUUGACGGGGAGAAACCAACAUAUAUAAAUACAACCAAAUCUCUUCAUUUUAGUUUACUAAUGAAAAAUCUUGAUCUGCUGGAAAACAUGUUUGCUGAUUCAGAGAUGUCAAGAUUAGAAAGAGAUAUUUUGGUGCAACUAGAAAAGCUUGGAGCUUUAGAAUUCUUUCAUACUUGUCUCUCAAGGACACAUCAUUCUUCUACUUUUCCUAAGGUUCUUGAUGUGCCAAGGGAGCUAAUUAAAGAAGUUGAGAAAGACGAUCUUGUCGGAAAUGCAAUGGAUAAGGUUGUCGUACGUUCUAGGAAAAAGCAAGAGCGUAUGUCAAGAAGAAAAAGAGCAUCCAGAAAUGCCAAUGACAUUAUUACAGUGCAGCCGCAUACCAAAAAUAUCCAGGAGGAUUUGCAACAGCCAAAGUUCUAUUCUGGGAAAAGAACACACGCCUCUAGAAAUAAAAGACAGAAAAUUGCUAAGAAUGAGGCGGAGAUGUCAAAAGGUGUUAAGUUGGUGGCACAAUUGGAAAGGAUCAGGUCAAUCCUUGAAGAAGAAACUGGUCGAGUAGCUACUUUCAGUAGCUGGGCAGAAGCUGCUGGGAUUGAACAGAAGGAGUUGCAGCAACACUUGCAUUUUGGUUGGUAUUGCAGGGAUGAGCUUCUGAAAAGUACACGGUCCUUAGUCUUAUAUCUGGCAAGAAACUACAGGGGGCUUGGAGUGGCAUUUGAAGACUUAAUUCAGGCUGGAAACAUGGGUGUUCUACAAGGUGCUGUAAGGUUUGACCACACUAGGGGAUACAAAUUCUCGACUUACGUUCAGUAUUGGAUACGAAAAUCAUUGUCAAAAUUGGUGGCACAACAUGCUAGAGGGGUUCGAAUUCCCUUCACUAUAUGCAAAGUAAUAAAUCAAAUACAUAAAGCUCGAAAAACUCUCAGUAGGAGCCAUGGCAAAUUUCCAGCUGACGAUGAAAUUGCCAAGUUCACAGGUCUAUCCACAGCUAGAAUUGCAAUGGCUAGUAAAUGUCUGAGAGUUGUUGGUUCAAUUGAUCAGAAAGUUGGAGAUUGCAUCAGCGCAAAAGUUCUAGAGCUUACACCUGAUAAAUCGGUUACAAGCCCAGAGGAAACUGUCAUGAGGCAAGACAUAGUAGACAACAUGUAUGCACUUUUGGAAAGCUUGGAUCCAAAAGAGCAGCAAGUAAUAUAUUUUAGGUUUGGUCUUGAAACUCAUCAACGCAAGUCACUCGAGGAGAUUGGGAGGCUUUAUGGAGUUAGUAAAGAAUGGAUUAGGAGAAUAGAACGAAGAGCUCUCACCAAAUUAAGAAGCGCGGAUUAUUUCCAACAUAUAACUCAUUACUCUCUGUAGUUCUAGACACUGCCUAAAAAUUUUUGUUUACUAGCUCGUAAACCUGAUCGAUCUCAUUGUAAAAUUUCUUGUAUACUUCUUUUGUAUAGACUAGUCAUAUAGUACUAUUGAAACCUUUGAUGUUUUGCAUCUUGUAUAGUUUAAAGACUGUGUGAUGAAUAAAAUUACUUCAUUUUAAUG